GCGCUGCCUCCCGCCUGGGCUGGGCCGGGGAGCGGGGCCGGGCAGGUGCUUCUCGUUCCCGGCGGGAAGAUGGAGGCGGCGGGCGGGGAGCGCUGAUCGCCGCGGGCUGCGCCGCUCGCCCCGCUCGGGGCUCCCCAGACAUGUUCAACCAGCAGCAGUUCCAGCAGCAGCUGCUGCAGCUCCAGCACCUCCUCCAGCAGCAGCAGCACCACCACCCCCCGGCGCAGCAGGGAGGCCGGGGUUUGCCGCCGCCGCAACAGCAACAGAUGCUGAGCUUACGGGCAACAAAUCAGCCCUCGCUGCUCAAUGCCAAUCCUAUGCUUCAGCGGGCCUUACUCAUGCAGCAGAUGCAAGGAAACCUGCGUGGAUUUAACAUGACAGCGCCAGCACUGCAGCAGUUCUUCCCUCAGGCUACCAGACAUUCCCUCCUGGGACCACCACCUGUUGGGGUCUCCUUAAAGCCAACCCGCCUGGGCUUCCCCAGCCUUCCCUUCCAGCGGCAGAACCGGACCUUCCGCAAGGACUUCCAGAGGGUCCCUGACAGGAAGCGGGAACUGGAUCCUGGUUCUUCGUCUCAGACACAAGGUGAUGAGAAAAUGGAAAUCCCAGAGGGAAUGCAAGCAGGGUCAGAGCAGAACAAUUCCUCACCAUCCACAGAGCCAAGAACUCCAACAGAGUCUGUGUUGAACACUGAGCCUGCAGCAAAAAGACUGAAGAGUGUGACUGAGGACUCUGCGUUAGAGGAUGCCACAGACAGCAGGAAAGCAGGAGUCUCGAGCGCCCACGUGCAAGCUGAUGGUGCAGACAGUGCAAAGGAAUACACAGCCGAAGAUCCCUCUAGAGAGAGGAAAUUCUGCGAGGAACCGAAGGCUCCUGAGGUGUUGAGCUCUGGAGGUUCACUGAAGGUGACCAUUCAGCAGAGCAGUGAGAGCAGAGCUAUCAGUACAACAGCUCUGAAACCAGGGCACUGGGCCUGUGAGGUGGGCACAGCUGAUCCCAACCCCGAAUCAGUCCUUAAAUUCUACUGUUACAUCUGCAAGACCAACUGCUGCAGUCAGCAGAAUUUCCAGUCCCACAUGGCUGGGAUUCAGCACCAGCAGCGACUUGGGGAGAUUCAGCACAUGAGCAAUGUUUGUUUUGUUUCACUACUGCCCAUGGUGAAGCAGCAGAAGGUGCUAGCAGAAAAAGAUGGAGAGAGCCAGCAGCGUUGGUGUAACACGUGCCAGGUGCACUUCACGGGGGAUCUCAUCAAACAUCGCAGGACCCAGGAACACAAGCUGGCCAAACGCUCGCUUCGUCCUUUCUGCACUGUCUGCAGCCGCCACUUCAAGACCCCUCGCAAGUUCGUGGAGCACAUGAAGUCCCCUGAGCACAAACAGAAAGCCAAAGAGGUGAGGCUGGGAGAGAAGGAGUUGGGCAGCCCAGAAGAUUCAGAGGAGUUGAUCACUGUGGAUGCUGUUGGCUGUUUUGAAGAUGAUGAUGAGGAAGAGGAGGAGGAGGAGGGGGGAGCUGGUGAGGAGGAAGACCCUGAUGUAGUGCCGAUGGAGAACGAGGAUUCUGCUGCCAAGCAGACUGGGCUGAAGGAAGUGUCUUUGGAGGAUUACGAAGGAAGUGAGAAGUAUUGUCCAGACACAGCCUAUGGCCUGGAUUUUCUGGUCCCCGUCGCAGGUUACCUCUGCAGGCUGUGUCACAAAUUCUACCAUAGCGACUCCGCUGCCCGGCUCGCACACUGCAAGUCCCUGAUGCAUUUUGAGAACUUUCAGAGAUACAAGGCAGCGAGGCAUCGUGCCACAACUGCCUACCCCGAGGCUCCUUUGCAUUCCCAGGGCUCCAGCUCCCAAUUGCUGGAUGAUCCAAAACAGCCUCUUGCUACAACAGCACGUACCAGCGAGAAGGUGAAUGACGAUCGUGGGACAGACAAGGAGGGUACGGAGCUGUCAGCCCUGCAGGAACAAACUCCAAGGUCUCUGGAGGAAGAAGAAAAUCUACAGGAAGAGAGCAAGUCCACUGCCACUAGUGCCGCCCGCGCGUUCUCCCGGGAGAGCCACGCCACAGGGGAGCUGCUGGGACACCAGGAGGAAGCCAACACAGCCAGGGAAAGGGAAGGCACAGCUGACCACCAGGAUCCAGGGAGUGGAGGAGGGUUGGGACAGAACGAGGCAGCAGAUGCAGGCCAGGAGGCAGAGCCUUCCUCCCUCGCCAAAGGUGAGACAGCCGGUCUCGCCUCUGGGUGCAGACGCUCUUCUAGGCGCAAACCCAGAUAGAGUGGCCUUAAAGGAGAGCCCUUUACAUAUGAUAUUUGCUGGAAAUGUUUAUUUUCUGAGUCUUUUAAUAGAGCAAAACCUUCAACUUUACUGCUGUUUUUAUUUUAAGAAUAAAUAAGCCUGGCUUUAGCGUGUCUAAUACAGGAUGGUGUCGGUUAUUACUCGUACAGUUGGGAUACAGCAAUUAAUUCUGUGGAAGGACUGAGGCUUGGACUGUUGAACCUGAAGGGAGAUGGUAAUGUGAUUUCCAGAGGAGGAAAAGUUCAUGGAGUAGAUGGAUACAGACUUACGAAUUCUUUGUAGUCCCUAUCAUUUCCUUUCCAGGCAGAGAAGUUUCUCUCUUGGGAGGCUGUUAUGUUCAGUUUUGUUUCUCAGCACCCUUUCCUUUCAAAGACACACUCUUGGACAAGCACUGCGUCCUAAGCUAGGCAGGAAUGUGCACCUUGGUCCUUUCUAGGUACUACAAGGCCUAAUCUAGUCUGUUCUCGUAGUGGAGACUCUCAGGAACAAAUUUUGUUUCAAACUGAUUUUAAUAAAACAGAUUUCUUAUAAAUAA